ACAGCCCUGGGAGAAGGCGGGAGCUGAGAGAUAAAGAAAACUCGCUCGGCGAGUGCGGCGGUUUAGCUUCAGGGAGGGGGAAAGGAAAGGGCGGCCCACGUACGACGUCGCUGUCACCGCCGCCUCUACAAGGAGCAGUCUGCAUGAAAAUCCAGACUGGACCAUAAUGGCACUACUGCCGUAUGAUGCUGCCAUGAUACCAGAACUCCGGAAAUUCCAUGAAGCCUCUGCAACUUUCCGAUUUGCCAACCAGGACAUAGUGAUCAGGCAGAACUGGAAGCAGCUUGGGGUAGCGGCAGUGGUGUGGGAUGCAGCCAUUGUACUGUGCACAUAUCUAGAAAUGGGAGUCAUCCAGCUACAAGACCGCACUGUUAUAGAACUUGGAGCAGGAACUGGGUUGGUUGGAAUAGUUGCAGCACUUCUCGGUGCCAAUGUUACGAUCACUGAUAGAGAGGUGGCUCUACAGUUCCUGGAGUCUAAUGUCCGAGAUAACAUCCCCCAUGACCUUCAGAAUAUGGCAUGGAUCAGGGAACUAGCCUGGGGGGUAAACCUCUGCCAGUUUGAGCCCGCCAGCUAUGAUGUUAUCCUGGGGGCUGAUGUGGUUUAUCUGGAGGAGACGUUCCCAGCCUUGCUGGAGACUCUGCAAUAUCUCAGCUCUGAAAGGACCACGAUACUACUGUCCUGCCGCAUCCGGUACAAGCGGGAUCACAACUUUUUGACGAUGCUGGGAAAGCACUUCACGGUGGAGAGAGUCCAUUACGACAGCGAGAGGGAUGUUCACAUUUACAAGGCACAGAAAACAAAGUUGAAGGAAGAACUCUAAGGAAAAGAUGCUGCCUAACCUGCUGAAUGUUCCUGGAAGUGGAUUUUUCUAGCAAUACUCAGAGCUGGCGUACUUCAAGUAGCAAAACAUCAAGCUAUGUAAAGGGAUCCAGGCACUCAGCACGCUACAUCUCUGUCAACCAUUUCUGGGAAGUGACUCACAACAUUAUGUAAAAUACUUUGUAUUUUUGAAAGAAUUCAUUAAUGUGGAAAAGGUAAUUAAUGGGGUCAGGACUUGGCAAAGGUAAUGCCUCAGGGAUGUGAUUAGGUUGUAAUGUCCACAUGAUGCUGCAUGUAGCCAUUGACUAUUGAACUGAAGGUUGAGAAAUUGUAUGUGAACAUCCACAUGUCUAAUCUUAUGAUGGAGUAGUGUUAUUGAGCUUAGGGCUCUGCCAAAGUAACUGCUACGGUGAUUUCCUCACACUGUGAUGACUACAACCAAAAUGCUGGACAGAAGCAUGAAAGAUAACCCCUUAUUUGAGAUAGUAGCUCCGUAGCAGAAGUGAAACUACACUUCAGAUGGAUUCAACACCUUCAAGAGAGAAGAUUUGGAAUGAAAAGAACAAUUUGUAUUGAAGAUAUCACUUGAGUGGAUAAAGAGGAGUUAAUUAAAAAGGGAUUGGCAUGUUGGUCUUUAAGUCUUACCACUUCAUUCAUUUUCAUUUAUAGCAUGUCUGAACAAUUUGUGCAGAGUACUGUAACUUCCAAUUAUAAAUAACAGAAGGUGUGACAUGUGAUAGCACAAGCAGCUCCACUACCCAUUCUCUGCCCUCAACAAUCACCAUAAAUACGCUUUGUUCCCAAUGGCAAAAACUUGUUCUUUUUUUAAACACUGUAUGUCAUUUACAAUUGAAACUUAAAUUAAGUAAGAAACCUGACCACUUAACUGUUAAUUAUUCAACUGGAGUAGCAGUUUCACUCCAUUAGAUUUCCAUGGCUUGGGCAUAUGAUUUAAUAUAAUUGCUUCACAAGAAUAACUUAGUAGAAAACAAAAGCAGUGUUGCUUUUGAUUUCUUAAUUUUUUUUGUUUAUUCUUCAUUACCAGCACCAUUUUGUUUAAAUAUAUAAAUGAAAACUGGUGACAAAUCCUGUUAAUAAGAACAAAUGUUCUUAAAUUCUCCAUUUAAACAAUUAGUGCGGUAACCACUUAGGAUACAAAUUUAAUAUAUUUACACUGUCACGUGAAUUUUUUCAUUCACUCAAAUUUUCUCAAAGUCAUCGGGAAAACAUACAUAAUGAAAAAGUUAAAUGUUAAAAAUAGAUUUUAAAGUUAAUCGAUUUCACAGUCAGAAAGCAAAAAUGCAAUUGGUUUUGUGGUUCAAGGAAAGUCUUGUUUUCAGAUGUGUCCAUUUACCUGAUUCUGCUGUAUUCUGUGACAUUUCUGCACUUGGGCUGCUGGGAAUUUAAAACUCAGCCUUGAAUCAGGUGGUACUCUCAACAGAAAGUGAGAAAAUCAUGGAUACAAGUCUCAUGCAGAGAGAGCACAGAAUAUAAUAUUGAAGGGGUGCUGUUGUUAUGUAGAAAAACAGUACAUCACAAACCCUUCCUUGUAUGAUGUUUGUGUCAAUCAUGAUGACAAUUGAAAUGAAACUGCACAUCUGCACAUAGAAUAGAUCCCUCCAUACCCCACCUGUUCAUGUGUCUAUCUAAAUGCUUCAUAAACUUUGCUAUCAUCUCCCUUAGCAUUGUGUUCUUGGCAUCUACUACGCCAUGUAAAAACUUGCCUUAUAAUCCUUUUAAAUUUCUCUCUCUCUCUCAUCUUAAUGUAAUCUAUUUGAGAUUUCCACCCUGGAAAAAGUACUCUUGAAAGUGUUUCAUUUUAAAUAACCUGUAAAACCUAGAACCCCCCCACCGUGGAAAUAGCACCAUUUGAAAGCAGAGCAGCAAAGUUCAAGUGUUAAGUUCAACUGACAUUAAAACAGAUUAUGUGGUCAUUUACCACAAAAGGGCUCACAGAACUAUUUUGACACAUGACAGAUUAAUUUCAAUCAGAUAAAUAGAUAAAUUUCUACACGUACUGUGGAGAGCAUAUUAACUGGAUUGGAAAAAGCUGCAGAGUUGUAAACUCAGCCAGCCCCAUCAUGGCCACUAGCGUCCCCACCAUCAAGGACAUGUUGAAAAAGUGAUGCAUUAAAAAGGCAGCAUCCAUUAUUAAGGAGCUCACCACCCAGGACAUGCCCUCUUCUCAUUACUACCAUCAAGGAGGUUUGGGAGCCUGAAGACACACGGUCAAUGUUUUAGGAACAGGUUCUUCCCCUCUGCCAUCAGAUUUCUGAACGGACAAUGAACCCAUAAAUACUACCUCACUAUCUUUGUUCUCUUUUUGCACUAUUUGUUUUUAUAUACACACACACACAGUAUUAUAUAUAGCACUGUACUGAGUUGAUCUGCUGCAUUCUUGCUUAAUCUUAUGAAAUCCUGUCACAUACAAAGUAAUUGAGAUGGAGCUAGGAGACUACCAGACUGGCAGAACCAAUCAAUCAAGCCAUUUGCAACAAUAAGAAUAAUCUGGAGGCAGUAUGUCACAGUUCAAUGGGCAUAGAUCCUGGGAAUAAGAAGUGGUGGUUCAGCAUACACUAAUCACUGAGGCAACAUUCCAUCUUAAUAUUGUUGUUUCAUGUGGUUACCCUUGACUGACAACUUAAUCUUCUGUUUUGAACUGGUAAUAUUUUAACACUGUUAUUAAAUAAAGACAGGAUCACUUACCUAGGAGUCCUGCAUGUGUGUUCGUUGAGGUGAAAAUGUUCCUGCAUGAAAGCAGUAAGUUUUCUUAAACAGUAGCAGUUUGGUGUAGUUGCUAAGCAACAGUCCUCAGAUAGUCAAGAUGCACACCCGCUCCUCCUUCCCCAUCAUCCUCAACAUGGGUGUCCCCAAGGCUGUGUGCUGAGCUCACCGCUGCAUGCUCUGUCUCUAAAAGUCCUGAGCACAAAAUCCAGUGGAGUGAGUGCUGCACUGAUGGUGGUUUCCUUCUGUUGUCCAACAGCACUUAACAUCCACUGUGAAGUGCUUUGAGAGAGGUUGGUGAUUAAACACAUCAACUGCCUGAGAAACGACUUGGAUCACAACAGGUCAACAGCAGAUGCCACUUCAUUGCCUCUUCAUUCAAUCCUGGAACAUCUAGACAGCAAAGAUGCAUCCAUCAGGCUGUCCUUACAGCUCAGCAUUCAAUACUAUCAUCCCCUCAUAACUAAUCAAUAAGCUUCAAGUCCUUGGCCUCAAUACCUCCUUGUGCAAUCGGAUCUUCCAUUUCCUCACAGACCCCAGUCAGUUCAGAUUGGCAACAACAUCUCCACAAUUUCCUUCAGCACAGGUGCACCACAAGGCUGCGUCUGUAGCCCCUGCUCUACUCACUUUAUACUUAUAACUGUGAGGCUAAGCACUGCUCCAAUGCUAUAUUUAAGUUUGCCAUUGUUGGCUGAAUCAAAGGUAGUGACAAAUCAUCAGAGAGGAAGGAGAUUGAAAAUCUGUCUGAGUGGUGCCACAACAACUUCUCACUCAUGUCAGCAAGACCAAGGAGAUAAUUAUUGACUUCAGGAGGAAGAAACCAGAGAUCAAUGAGCCAGUCCUCAUCGGGGGAUCAGAGGGUGGAGAGGUUCAGCAACUUUAAAUUCCUUAGAUCCAUGCCACUAGCUUCAGGAACAGUUAUUGCCCUUCAACCAAAAGGUUCUUGAACCAGAGGGGGUAGCUUCACUCACCCCAUCACUGAACUGUUCCCACAACCUAUGGACGCACUUUCAAGGAUUCAUCUCAUGAUCUCAAUAUUAAUUGCUUAUUUACUACUAUUUCUAUCUUUUUUCCUCUUACUUUUUGUAUUUGCACAGUUUGUUUUUGUCUGCAAGUUGGUUGUUAACCAUUCUGUUGGGUGUGGUCUUUCACUGAUUCUUUGGUGUUUCUUGUAUAUACUGUGAUU